UUCUUCUUCCGAGUCGUGUCAGCGGCUGCAGUUCAGACCCUGUUGCUUCCUGACCCUGCAGAGAGAGUUGUCUGUCACAAUGGCGUCCGUCAUCGCUGUCGUCGUCAGUCUUGUCCUGGUGACCAUGGUCUCCGCUGUACGAUACGUGCCCCCUUAUCAGUCACCGCCAGCAUCAUUCAACCGACCACCACCGCCACCACCGCCACCAGCGACAACAACCAAGCCCAUCCCUUAUAAGCCAGAACCUUACAAGACACUCUCAGGACCUGCUGCGCGCCCCUACCCGCCUCUCUACAACUCGCAAUACCAAGAUGGUUCUUACAAUGGAUAUCAACGGGAUGGCUACAACCCUUAUGGAUACCUGCCUUACUUCGCCAACUCGAGAUCACGAUUGGAGGAUGAAGCUGAGAAUGAUGUAGUGGACAGACUGUUUGCCGCCGCUGACAGCCUGUAUUCACAAUUGGAUUUAGCUGCCCAGAGUUUGGCUAACCUGGACUCCCAAGGAAGUUUGCAGACGAAGCUGAUAACGCAGCUGACGGUCGUGGACCUGCCGGGCUUGGAGGAGACGAACGUCUUGCAGAACAGUCAGCUGGACGAUCUGGAAAAGAAGGUGCGUGUCGGAGAGAAUGGAACGUGUGGUUGUUGUUAUGGUGGUCAUUAUCACAAAUAA